GAGGAGCUCAGGAGGCGGAGAGGACUGCUAGCGUUCGGUUGGAAAGAACUUGUAUGGAGUGAAUGUGGAAUGCUGUGAGGUCUCCAACACGAGGGGGAUAUAAUUCUGUAUAAAUUGUACCAGCUCUUCAGCAAAGCGUGAAAAACAAAGAGAAACGAAGGAUUCGCUGCCAUAAACGGGUUGACUUGUCAUUCAUAUACUGAGCAGAAGGUCUGGGAAAACCAUGGCAACUGGGGAUGUAAAAGGCUGUAUUCGAAAGUUAGAACAAAGAUUAAGAACACUUAAUUACCCUAGGGAUGUGGACUACACAGGAUUGAUUAAAGGAGAUCCUUCUGCAUCCUUGCCUAUCAUCAGUUACACAUUCACGUGCUAUUCCACAAGCAUUGCAGAGAUUUUGAUAUCUUUUGGUAUAGAGCUCACAACUAAGAGUGAUUUGAGAUUUAUUGAAGCAGUCUAUAAGGUUCUUAGAGAUGUUUUUAAUUAUAAACCAAUAUUAACAAAGCAGCAGUUUCUGCAAUGUGCAUUUUCUGAAAGGAAGAUACAGAUAAUCUGUGACAUUGUUGACUGCGUUGUGAAAAAACACAAAGAAAUCACCGGCCAGAACAAGGUCAAGUCCCAACUGGUUAAGAAAGUUGUUUCUGCUAAAGAUCAGUGUGAAGUUUUUUAUCCCGAAGACGUGUCUGUUCAACCAUCAGUGAAAACAACCCAGAAAAAGCCACUUGUUGAGCGUCAUGCAGGCAGUGAAUUUCUGUUGCCAACCAAAUGUUAUAGCUCAGCACUUGUGGAAGACAUAGAGGAAGAAGAACCCACAUCAGAUUCUGAAGGGGGCAGUCAUUUGGAACAUGAAAUGGAAAGUCCAUUUGAAACAGCGGAGACGACUCCCAAUUCAGAACAGAUUGAAUUACUAAGGAAACAACUUGCUGAAUGUCAGGAGAAGCUCCAAAGGCUUGAUUGUGUGGAGCAGAGACUGCAAUCUUUAGAGACAAGUAUGAAAGGAAAAAUUAUUAUUGAUGAGACAGACUGGAAUAACCUCCUCAGCCGAGUCCUCCUUUUGGAAACUGAAGGAUUGUUGCAAUCAAAAAAGACUGACUUCUCGGUGCCUUCCGAGUUUGCCUGUAUUAGUGAACAACGUACUUCCAGCAGAAUGACCAAUGAGAUCUGUUCAAAUUUAAAGACAAAGGCAGAUAUUCCAGAGAGUCAUCAUCAGUCGUCUGGAUACAGUUCUGUGUUAUCUGCAGACACAUCUCCCAUUGCUAUUGACAUUAAUUAUAGCAGCUUGACAGAAGAUUCAAAUGAAACUACAAAGCAAAGAAUGGAAAGAAUAACUAAAAUGAUGGAAGAAACAUCAAAGCUUUUGAAAUGUUCAAAUAAUACAUAAAAAUGUAUCCCUGGAUAUUUUUUUUUUUUUUAAAUAGUAAUAAUUAUACAGUUGUACAAUAAAAUGUAACAGAGCAGUGGAUAAACUACAUUUAAUAAAUUAUUUUUGUUAAAAAAAAAAA